AUGAAUUAUUAUGAUGAAUCCACAGCCUUUUUGGGUCACUGGGGUCUUUUCCAGCAGGUUGUGUUCUUUCUACUAUGUGCCAGUGCUAUACCCAAUGGAUCAGGAGUUGUGUCCUUUGUGUUUGUGGCGGACAUUCCCAGACACCACUGCCGGAUUCCUGAAGUCAAUUUAACCACAGAAUGGUUUAAUGCGAUAAUCCCAACACAGGUGGUGGAUGGAGAAGAGGAGCUGAGCAGAUGCAGCAGAUACAGGCUGGAUGUGGUCAGAAACCUGUCUGCUCAGGGAUACGUUCCUGGCAGAGACGUCAACCUCACUGAUCUGGAGCAGGAGAGCUGUGUGGAUGGAUGGAUCUACAGCACAGACAUCUACCAGUCCACCAUAGUCUCUGAGUUUGAUCUGGUGUGCAGUGACCAGUGGAAGCAGCCGUUUACUUCCACACUUUACUUCAUUGGAGUUCUCAUUGGAUCCUUCUUCAGUGGACAGAUCUCAGACAGAUUUGGAAGGAAGCCAGUUUUUUUUGCAACCUUGGUUAUCCAGACAACUAUGACUUUUUUUCAAGUCUUCUCCCCUUCAUGGACAGUGUACACCAUCCUCAUAUUGUUCAGCGGUUUGGGACAGAUUUCCAACUACGUGGCUGCUUUUGUACUAGGAACUGAAAUCUUGAGUGGAAAUGUCCGGCUUGUGUUCUCCACGCUGGGCAUGUCUGCUGCUUAUGUAGCUGGCCACUUGAUGCUUCCACUCUUUGCUUAUUUUUUAAGGGAUUGGAAAUCUCUUCUGUUGGCAAUCUCACUGCCCUGUCUGGUCUACAUCCCCCUCUGGUGGUUGAUCCCAGAGUCUCCUCGAUGGCUGCUUUCUCAGGGGAGAGUGGAGGAAGCUGAGGCCAUAGUGAGGAAGGCUGCUCACCAGAACAAACUGGAGGCUCCACAGGUUGUCUUUAAGAAUUACAGUGUUGAUAAUGACAAGAUACAAAAAGAGAAACACCACACUGUAUUGGAUCUAUUUCAAAACAUAAAUAUCACAAUUACAUCGCUCAUUCUCUGGCUGUCUUGGGCCACUGCAGGUGCUGGCUAUAACGGUCUGUCCCUGAACACAUCAAAACUUGCUGCUGACCCAUAUAUCAGCUGUUUCAUCUCAGGUGCUGUAGAGCUACCAGCAUACGUCUAUACCUUUCUUGUUUUUAAGUAUUUCUCGCGGCGACUGCCUACCAGUGGUGCACUGGGCAUGGGGGGAGUGGCACUGUGCUUGAUUCAGGUGAUCCCAAAAUCUUUACCACAGUUGGCUAUUGCACUGGAGAUGCUGGGUAAAUUUGCCUUUUCAGUCUGUUUUUCCAUGGUGUAUGCCUACACAGCAGAGCUUUACCCAACUGUGCUCAGAACCACAGCAACAGGAACAUGCUCUACCUUUUCCAGACUGGGAAGUGCCCUUGCACCUUUUUUGUUCCAUCUGAGUAUCUACUCUAAGUACCUGCCUUAUAUUGUACUGGGGUCUCUGGCUGUUGUUUCUGCCAUUGUCAUUCAGUUCCUUCCAGAGAGUUUUGGACGAUCUUUACCUGAAACCAUUGAACAGAUGCACAAGUGGGAAAGAAUGAAGUGUCCAUGCAUCACUAAGAAAGAAAAACCCAGUGCAGUGGUUCUAGAAACUAAGCUCUGA